AUGACAAGUAACGUAGCAACGAUUAAGUUAGAAGAGGGACAAGAAUCUGUAACAGAGAUACAGACUUAUUUAGAAACAUUUAACAAAGAGAUAGAGGGAGGUCAAGGAGAGCAAUUACAACAUGUGGAAGGAUUGUCAGGCGGGGAAGAGGGUGGAACUUACUUUGUUGAUCAAUCUGGUCAAUAUUAUUAUCAAGCGAGUAAUGAUGAAACACCUGUGAUGACACAAGUGCAAAUUCAAGAAGUAGAAGAAGCAGACGUACAAAAUGAAGGAGAGGCACCUCAAGAAGAACAAUAUAAUGAAAUUGAAGAAUUAGAGAAUGUUGAUGGUGAUGAAGAUGGUCAAGUAACUAAUAAUGGAAAUAAUCAGGUUGUAAUUAAUUCUGGAGAUGCAUAUCAAACAGUUACUAUUGUACCAUCGGAUACCAAUCCUGGUGAAGUUAGUUAUGUAUUAAUAGUUCAACAACCUGAUGCUGAAGAUAAGGAAAGCAGACCAGUAGAACGAGAGACAACGGAAGGUGAAGAAGGGGAAGGAGAACAAGAUCUUACUGUUUAUGACUUUGAAGAUAAUGAAGAUAAUGAAGCACCUGUGGAAUCAGAAGCAGAAGAUGAUAAAACCAAAAUUAUUAAAUUCCUACCUAAAAAAUCACAAACUGUUACUCAAGCUCACAUGUGUAAUUACUGUAACUACACAAGUCCAAAACGAUAUCUGUUAUCACGUCAUAUGAAAUCGCAUUCUGAAGAAAGACCACAUAAAUGUAGUGUUUGCGAAAGAGGAUUUAAAACAUUGGCUUCACUUCAAAAUCAUGUUAAUACACAUACUGGGACCAAACCACAUCACUGUAAAUUUUGUGAUAGUGCAUUCACAACCUCUGGCGAACUUGUUAGACAUGUUCGAUAUAGGCACACUCAUGAAAAGCCACAUAAAUGUCAUGAAUGUGACUAUGCGUCUGUUGAAUUGUCUAAACUUAAGCGUCAUAUUCGAUGCCAUACAGGCGAACGUCCAUAUCAGUGUCCACAUUGUACAUAUGCAAGUCCUGAUACUUUUAAGCUAAAACGACAUUUGCGCAUACAUACAGGAGAAAAACCAUACGAAUGUGACUUUUGUCAGGCAAGGUUUACCCAAUCUAAUAGCUUAAAAGCUCAUAAACUGAUACAUAAUGUUGGUGAUAAACCAGUAUUUCAAUGUGAAUUAUGUCCAACGACGUGUGGAAGAAAAACAGAUCUACGAAUUCAUGUACAAAAAUUACAUACCUCUGAUAAACCUUUGAAAUGUAAACGCUGCGGAAAAACAUUCCCAGACAGAUAUAGCUACAAGUUGCACAGUAAAACACACGAAGGAGAAAAGUGUUAUAAAUGUGAUUUGUGCCCAUAUGCUUCUAUAUCUGCGCGUCAUCUCGAGAGCCACAUGUUAAUUCAUACUGAUCAGAAACCAUAUCAAUGUGAUCAUUGCUUUCAAUCAUUCAGACAAAAACAACUUCUCAAACGGCAUUGUAAUUUAUAUCAUAAUCCUUCUUAUGUUCCUCCUCCACCACAAGAGAAGACACAUCAAUGUCCCGAAUGUGAACGGCCGUUUAGACAUAAAGGAAAUCUUAUUCGGCACAUGGCUGUUCAUGACCCAGAAUCAUCUCUUCAAGAAAAACAACAAGCAUUGAAGAUGGGCAGACAGAAAAAAAUUCAAAUUAUAGAUGGGCAAAGAGUUGAAGUCAUGACAGGUGAUUUAGCUUCUAAACUUAAAGGUUAUGAAGAAGAAGAAGAAGAUGAAGAUGACAUGAUGGCAGUCGAAGGAAGCGAUGGUCAACAAUACGUUGUAUUGGAAGUCAUACAAUUAGCUGACAAUCAAGGAACGGAUCAAAUGGCCGUUGUAGCCAGCGAGGAUGGAGAUUUAGUGAUGCAAGAUCCUUUGAGUCAAGAAAGUGGGAUUGUGACUGGUACAGGCGAAGAGGGGGAUGAAGCAGAAGAAGAAGAAAUCGAAAUAGACCAAUUAAAAAUGGAACCAGGAACUAAUAAAUCUUCAUCUCAAAACACGCAAAGUGAUCCAAAGUUACAGAAAGAAAUGGAAACCUGUUUCGGUUUUGACGAGGUAAGUAAAUUUUAUCUUUUAUUAUCUUUAUUAACUCUUGUUUGAAGACUAAAGAUUUAUUCUGAUGUGAAUUGGUUCUGGCAUUUUAGGAAGAAGAAGAAGAAGAAGAAGAAGAAGAAGAAGCCAAUGCUAACAUAAAUAUAUUGCAGACAAUUUCGUAA